GUCGAAAGGGUGAAGAUACUCCGUUACCGCUUACGCUGACUCGGACAUUGGAAACUGUGUGAAUCGUCAUCCUGCGGGCUUCUUGCAUCGCAUCGUUGUGUAUGGCUGUCAUGCUUUAGCGCGAUUUCGGCUCUUGUCCAGGGCGUACCUCCCCAGUACACGUCGAUUUGAUGGAAUGCGUGUCAUUUCAGCGUUCCUUCGGCGUUAUUGAACUGAAUGUCGAUGUCAUAGCGGACCAAAACCUGGACUGGUCUUGCACCUCCUGCAUAUUUAAGUCGUACCUUGCAGUGAAUGUUCUCUCAUUCUCCGUCCAGGUUCUCAUUAUGUUGUUCAUGUCGAUUGCUGUCACUUCCUUGCUAGCUAUCCUCGGCCAGGGUUCCAUUUUACCUCGCGGUCGAGUAUUCGGCGGUGGUACGAUUGUCUCUCCCACCAGUGGCAGCGAUGCAGUUGCAGGGCAGUCUAUCCCUUUUCAAUAUUUGGAUGAGAACGGGGCGGACGCCUGUUGGUCCGGUUACACCACAAUCACCGUGUAUUUGCUUGCUGAACCUCCCAGCGCGGACGACGUGUCGUCUUCUGGGACGUUCACAAACUUUUUGUAUUCCUUCGGCAACUACACAAUCCCCAACUUCGGAUUACCUCCUCUUCCCGACUUUCCGCCUCCACCUUCGACGCUUACCGUUCCAGACCUAGGCCCAUCUGUGAGCGACGGCGAGCUGUAUUUCUCAGUCAUUGAGCAUCUCUCUGAAUGCCCGCCCGAAGGCCAUACAGAAAUCGGCUUGUCAUUCACACCUGUAGAAUACAGUGCCAGCUCGUAGUUUUCCGGAGACAAGAUGGUUUGCUUUGUUACAACAAUAAUGAGGUUCAAAUGCCGCGCUUUUGCUUCAUGCCUGUACUACAACAUAGAGCCGCUGAGACGUGAUAGUAUCAAUUCUGCCGGUAUCUACCUACUACAAACGUCUUGCAUUC